AUGUCUGACUUUGAGGAUUGCAGCAAGCCAGGAGGGCAGGCGAAUGUAUCUGAAAGCUACCAGCUGAACCCCACCAGUGUGAUAGUGUCAGUGGUCUUCUCCCUCAUCUUCCUGCUGGGCACCAUCGGCAACAGCCUGGUGCUCGCUGUGCUUCUGCGGAGCGGGCAGUUAGGAUACAACACAACCAAUCUGUUCAUACUCAACCUGAGCGUGGCCGACUUCUUCUUCAUCAUCUUCUGCGUUCCUUUCCAAGCCACCAUCUACUCUCUGGAGGGCUGGGUGUUUGGUUCCUUUAUGUGCAAAGUGGUCCACUUCUUCAUCAACCUCACCAUGUAUGCCAGCAGCUUCACACUCGCUGCUGUCUCUGUUGACAGGUAUCUGGCCAUUCGUUACCCGCUGCGCUCCAGAGAGCUACGGACCCCGUGUAACGCAGUGGUUGCCAUGGUGAUAAUCUGGGGUCUCUCUCUGGUUUUUGCGGGUCCUUAUCUCAGCUACUACGACCUCAUCGAUUACGCCAACAGUACAGUGUGCAUCCCUGGCUGGGAGGAGCAGAACAGGAAGGUGCUGGACACGUGCACCUUCCUGGUCGGCUACGUCAUCCCCGUGUUGAUUGUGAGUCUCUCGUACACUCGAACCAUCAAGUAUCUGUGGACGGCUGUCGACCCUCUGGACGGCAUGUCCGAAUCCAAGAGGGCCAAACGCAAAGUCACCAAAAUGAUCAUCAUUGUCACUGUGCUUUUCUGCAUCUGCUGGCUGCCGUAUCAUGUGGUGAUCUUGUGCUACCUGUACGGAGACUUUCCUUUCAAUCAGACCACCUAUGCCUUCAGGCUUCUCUCUCACUGCAUGGCCUACGCCAACUCUUGUGUCAACCCCAUCGUGUACGCUCUGGUGUCCAAGCACUUUCGGAAAGGCUUUAAGAAAGUGUUCAGCUGCAUCCUCAGUAAAAAUGGGAGAAAUAAGGUCCAUGUGGUUCAUGUAGCCAACACUGUGCCCGGGUUUGAAGCAGGCUCCACUGAGGUGUCGCAGAUGAACGAGGAGAACGUACGACAGAAUGAGUGUGAAAUGAUAAACAGGCGGAUUGUAGAACCAAGAGAAGCCACAGUGACACUGAAUUUGCCAUUUCAGCGACAGACUUGA